AUGGCGGCCGCCGUGCAUCUCAGAGUCGCCCGGGCUCUUCCAAUGUCACGUUCUGGUAUCACUGCGGUAGCCACGUCUGUGUUUCAUGCUGCACCCCAGCGCCAGCUUCAUCAUGCAAUCAUUCCUCAUGGGAAAGGUGGGCGCUCCUCAUUCAGUGGGAUUGUGGCCACCGUGUUUGGAGCAACGGGAUUCCUGGGUCGAUACGUUGUCAACCGUCUUGGCCGUAUGGGUUCACAGGUGAUCAUUCCUUAUCGUUGUGACACUUACGACCUCAUGCACCUUCGUCCAAUGGGUGACUUGGGACAGAUUAUCUUCCUGGAAUGGAGUGGAAGAGACAAAGAUUCCAUCCGAAGAGCAGUGGAGCACAGCAAUGUUGUCAUCAAUCUUGUCGGGCGAGAAUGGGAAACUAAAAACUUUGAUUAUGAGGAUGUUUUUGUGAAGAUUCCCCAUGCAAUUGCUCAAGUGUGUAAGGAGGUUGGGGUUGAGAAGUUGAUUCAUGUUUCUCAUCUGAAUGCUAAUAUUAGAAGCUCUUCUAGAUAUCUGAGAAAUAAGGCUGUUGGAGAGAAGGAGGUGAGAGAUGCAUUUCCAGAUGCCACUAUCAUAAAGCCGUCAGACAUCUUUGGAAGAGAAGAUAAAUUCCUCAACUAUUUUGCAAGUAUGCGUGCAUUUGGUGGUGUGCCUCUUAUUUCCUUGGGCCUGAAGACCGAGAAACAACCAGUAUAUGUUGUGGAUGUGUCCAAAGGAAUUAUUAACGUGAUUAAAGAUCCUGAUGCCAGAGGGAAAACGUUUGCCUUCACUGGACCAAAUCGGUACAUCCUCUUUGACUUGAUUCAGUAUAUCUUUGCUAUGGCGCACAGACCCUUCAUCCCAUAUCCUUUGCCACAUUUUGCUUACCAGUUGGUGGCCAGAUUCUUUGAGAUGAGUCCAUUUGAGCCCUGGACAACGAGGGAUAAAGUGGAACGGGUUCACAUCACAGACAUGAAGUUGCCUCACCUGCCAGGCUUGGAAGACCUUGAGAUUCAGGCGACACCUCUGGAGCUCAAGGCCAUUGAGGUGCUACGUCGUCAUCGCACUUACCGCUGGCUGUCUUCUGAAAUUGAAGAUGUGAAGCCAGCCAAGACAGUCAACGUUUAG